AUGGCCGCUAAGUCGGAUGGAGCAGCGGUGUCUGUGGAAGAUGACAACACGCCCAGGAGCCUCUCGGAGCCGGGGAACCCCGCCGCCCGGCCCCGCUGCAGCGCCGCCGGCGGGAAACCCUACACCCUGCUGGACUGCUGCUGGGUGCUCUGCGCCCUGCUCGUCUUUUUCUCCGACGGCGCGACCGACCUGUGGCUGGCCGCCGACUACUACCUGAGAGGUGACUACUGGUGGUUCGGCUUGACGCUCGUCUUCGUCGUGGUGCCCUCCGCUGUGGUCCAGGUAUUGAGUUUCAGGUGGUUCGUGUACGACUACUCGGAUAUGAGCUGCGGGGACGGAGCAGCGAGCGGCAGCGGGACCGGCGCGGCGGCGGCAGGCGCGGCAGGCGGAGCAGCCACGGCGGGCGACAGCACUUUAAGCACCAAGGACAGCGACCAGCGCGGUGGGAGCGCGGCGUCGGGGAACGCCGCGAAUGCUACCCCGGUUUACACAUCCUCUGCCCCGCCUGCGACGGCAGGGAGAGUCGGGGGCCCCCCGAGGUGCUGCACCGUCUGCAUGUGGGUCUUUCAAACCGUGCUUCACGUCCUGCAGCUGGGGCAAGUCUGGAGGUACAUCCACGCCCUCUACCUGGGCGCCCAGAGCCGUUGGCACAGCAACGGGCCAUGCCGCCACUUCCACUGGCGGCUGAUGUUUGAGAGCGCCGACAUCACCAUGCUGCGCCUCCUGGAGGCCUUCCUGAAGUCGGCUCCGCAGCUUGUCCUCCAGCUGAGCAUCAUGAUCCACGGAAACACCGUCCUCCCUCUGCAAGGCCUCUCGGCCUCGGCCUCCCUGGUCUCUCUGGCCUGGAUGAUCGCCUCCUACCAGAAGGUUCUCCGGGACUCCCGCGACGACAAGCUGCCCAUGUCCUACAAGGCCGUGAUCACCCAAAUGCUGUGGCACUUCUUCACCAUCGGGGCGAGGACAGUGGCCUUCGCCCUCUUCGCAUCCGUCUUCCAGCUCUACUUCGGCAUUUUCAUCGUCAGCCACUGGUGUGUCAUGACCUUCUGGAUCAUCCAAGGUGAGACCGACUUCUGCAUGUCCAAGUGGGAGGAGAUCAUCUACAACAUGGUGGUGGGCAUCAUCUACAUCUUCUGCUGGUUUAAUGUCAAGGAGGGGCCCAGCCGCUUCCGUAUGACCGUCUACUACUCUGUGACGCUGGCUGAGAACGUGGCACUGACCGCCGCCUGGUACACGUACCGCGGCCCCCACACCUCCGACUCCUACGCCCUGGUGGUGGUAUGCCUGGUGGCCUGCAGCUUUGCCCUGGGAACCUUCUUCAUGUUGGUGUACUACUGCUGGCUGCACCCCGAUGGGCCCGUUCUGGGCUCACAGUGGGGAGGGUGUGUGGAUGAGGGCGCGGUGGGUGCGGGAGGGGUAGCAGGAGUGAUUGAUGCUUGUCUCACCCCAUCCCAAGGGUCCCAAACAGACAUGGUCAUUACCAGCCCUCCAAGGACUCUCCCCAGGACUAAAGACACAGGGGAGCCGGUUCCCGGAGAGCGCGACAAGGACAGGGACAGAGACAGUUGCCUGCCUGUCUUCCAGGUACGCCCCUCUCCGUCAUCCUCUCCUGCACUUCUUCACAGGACCUCCUCACAAUGCCGGGCACAGGAGGGCCCCGUGAUCCGGAUCGACCUACCGAGGAAGCGCUACCCAGCCUGGGAUGCGCACUUUAUCGAUCGGCGCCUCCGCAAGACCAUUCUGCUUCUGGAGACCACCUCAGCCAUCAGCCCGAGGAUACAGUACAGGAGUAGCAUGAUGGGCAGCAAAGAGGUUUUAGAAUAUGAGACAACUGUCUAAGCCAACAGGGGCUCUUAAACUUAAAAGUGCAGUCUGGGACCAAGGCUGAGCCUGAGAUCAGUUCUCAUCCCAGGACUACCUUCACCAGGAGAAGCAUGGAGAGAAGACACAGAGUGUCAGGCAGCUCCUUUUUUCUAAAAGAGGUUGUCAAAACUUGAUUGUAAAAUGUGAAGCGCAAUCUGGGACCAAAGCUCUCCCCUUAGGGCGCAGUUCGGGAGUACGUAGCAUGAAUGAGCCGUGGGAA